AUGUGGAAUAAAUCCACUGUCGUUCUGAUCCUCAUGUUGGGCCUGUGUGAGUGCUGGGACAAGGUGCAGCUCAGCCGUGUCGAUUUUUCACCCAUGUAUGUGGGUGAAUGUGGAGAGAUUUAUGUGACGGACAAAGUUGUAAUUGAAUCCCCGGGCUUUCCCAAACAAUAUCUGCCCAAUAUUCACUGUGAAUACAUCCUGUGGUCGCCGUGCCCGACCAAUUUCCACGUACAAUUUCACGAAUUUGACCUGGAGGCGUCCCACCUGUGCCACAAGGACCAAUUGAGGGUAUCACGAGAUGGUGAGGAUGUUCAUCUCUGCGGCCGUGUCGCCGGCGUUACGUCCUACCGAUCUCAGGAAGGUGUGAUUAAAUUGAAUUUUAUCACCGACAAUGCCAUAGAGUACAUGGGUUUUCGGCUCUUAAUCACACGGGACUCCUGCCACAGUGGGAGUGUCAAUGGCACAAACAACUUCGCCACAGUGACGGGUCCCAACACCGGCUGGAGUGACUUGAGAAACCACCGAGAGAGUGAUGGCGAGAGAGCAAUCACAAUUCAAUACCAGAACAGUGGGAGGAAUUUUCCUGCCUUCAAGCUUUUUGUCAAUACGGAUUGGAAUCAGGAAAAUCAGGACAUCAAUCCUGCACCACCGUCAAAAUGCAGUGCUGCUCAAGGGUGGAAGAAUUGGUACACCUCAGUUGCUCCCUUGUCAAUUGGGGGCGCCGAAUUGGUGGGAAAUGGCAGCGAACCUGCCCAUCGCCAGGAUGAGGCGUCAUCUCACUUGCCACAGCAAUUCCCUCAACCAUUUCCGCCUCCUCAGCAGUUUCCACAGCCCUUCCCACCUCCUGUCCAAUUUCCGCCCAGCUGCUGUCGCUUCAGCCCCCUCAAUCGACCCCGAUUUCUCAUCUCGUCGCCCAACUUUCCGCACAGGAACGUCAACAACUUCGAUUGCGUCUACGUUAUUGAGCGCCUCGUAACAUCGUGCCGCCUGAGAGUCAUCUUCAGAUACUUCCUGCUGCCGGAUGUGGACCAGAACUUCUGCGUGAACUCCUUCGUGGAGAUGGACGGCAGAAGAUUCUGCGGAUGUCGCUCUGGAGUGGUUUACCUCAGUCAGUGGGGCUUCGAGAACAGGAAGUUCAUCCGCCUCAGGAACUUCCAAGCGCCCGUGCCCACCUCCAUUGUCCAGGGAUUUAUCAUGGAGGUCAUUCAGGAGGAGUGUCCCUACAGAUAUCUCGGCAGUGUUUCGGGAGCAAAUGACACCGCGCCAAGGGAGAAACUCGACUUUAGACCCGCUGACAAUGCCACAAACUCAAAUGAAAGUUUCCCGAGUCGAGCGGAUGAAGGCAGGCCUGAAAGUGAGGAUUACGAGCCCUCCAUGAAGUUCUUCUUUCCCAACACCGCCAACCGAUGCUAUUUUGGGUGGCUUCAGUGGUUUCAGCUCACUGUUAAUCCGCUCUGGAUCACGAGGCCUCAGUGUAGAGUCUGAGGAAGAAAUAUGGUUAAU